UUGCACUAGAGAGGUGAGAGAUAAAAACUUCGUAUCAUGAAUAUGGUGAAUAGAGAGAUGGGAAGCGAGCAACUACAGGCGCAAGCUCGCAUAUGGAACCACAUAUUCAACUUCGUCAACUCCAUGUGCUUGAAAUGUGCCAUUCAAUUAGGCAUUCCCGACACCAUCCACCACCAUGGCCAACCCAUGACCCUCGAUGCCUUGGUCUCUACACUUCAAAUUCACCCCUCAAGAGGUCCCUGCAUCGGUCGCCUCAUGCGCAUUCUCGUCCACUCCGGCUUUUUCGGACAACAGAAGCUUGCGCCGGAAGGUCGAGACGCCUACGUGCUCAACCACAUGUCGGAGCUCCUCCUUAAGGACAAUCCCUUGAGCGUCGUGCCGUUCGCACUGGUCAUGCUCGACCCUAUCCUGGUGAACCCGUGGCACUGUUUGAGCGCGUGGUUCCGCGAUGGUGUCGACCCAACGCCAUUCGAGAUGGCGCAAGGGAUGUCAUUUUGGAGGUAUGCUGGUCAAGAGCCGAGGCUUAGCCGCUUCUUCAAUGACGGCAUGGCUAGCGAUGCUCGACUGGUGGCUAGCUUGGUGGUUAACGAGCACAAAGGGGUGUUCGACGGAAUAACCUCGUUGGUCGAUGUAGGAGGAGGAACCGGAACAAUGGCCAAGGCCAUAGCAAGGGCCCUUCCGCAUAUGGAAUGCACAAUAUUUGAUCUUCCGCAUGUGGUGGCUGGUUUAGAAGUUAGCGAGAACGUAAGAUGUGUUCCGGGAGACAUGUUUGAGGCCAUACCACCUGCAGAUGCAAUUCUAUUGAAGUGGAUACUCCACGACUGGAGCGACGAAGAUGGCGUGAAGAUACUGAAGCGAUGCAAGGAGGCCAUAAGCAAGAGCAAGGGCGAGAAGAAGAGGGUGAUCAUAAUUGACAUGGUGGUGGACGAUCCGGCAGGUGACAGAGAGAUGAUCGAAACCCAGCACUUCUUCGACAUGUUGAUGAUGAUCCUUGCGUCGGGAAGAGAGAGGAACGAAACAGAAUGGGCUAAGCUCUUCGUUACUGCUGGCUUCGGGGACUACAAGAUCACCCCUAUACUUGGCUUGCGAUCUCUUAUUGAGGUCUACCCUUCAUGAUCGAAAUUUCAAUCAUCGCCGAUUCAUGCUCUAAUUCUUACCGCUGGUGAUAAGUUAGGAUCAAUAGCAAAUAAGGCUUCUCAAGCCAAAGAAGAAAAAAAAAAAGAGAUAUGUUUCAGUAAGGGUUUAGCGAUGUACGAGCAUGCACGAAAGGCGUAAUUAAAAUGUCUAUUCAAAUAAUCAUUAUCUAGCAGUUGAAGCACGUAGAUGUUGUUUAAAUUGAUUAUGAUGGGAUA